AUGGAAGUUUGGUCUCAUAUUACGACUGGAAAUCUAGACAAAAUCGACUCCCAGCAUGAAUUAUUGGGAACUGCGAGGGGAAACAACCCAGCUAUUCAAAAGAGAAAACCUAGCAAAAAUCAUGUUUCAGAGAAUGAGCUGGAUAAUUCAGUAAUAUCCAAAGGAUCGGAAGUAAAGAAGAAAGCCCGGAGUAACGGAAAUACAUCACCCGACUUCCCUCCGCCAAAAAUCGUACCAGAAUCCAUUGAAUCUAAACAUGAGAGUGGGCCUUCUUCAAGCACAACGCAGCGAGCCUUACCCGCAGUACGUCGUCACUCACCUGCAACACAUCCUUGCUUUGAGGAUUAUGCAAAACAUAUGGCCCAUCAGCCGAAUGUCCCUCGCUUGCAUAAAGCGCAGUUCAUCUGUUUUGACUCCAUAAUGGAGUGGCGUGAGUCAGUACUCGAUGAUUACAACACCUUCACUGAAAAUAGUUUGAGGUGGGGCGUAAAUGAACUGAAGGUUGGACGAAUUCCAGAUGAUCAGUCACAGACUCUAAAAAGUGUUGGAUCUGGAAAGGCCCUUGAAGCUAUCAAUCAUUACGGCACUGUAUUUUAUUUGAAUAUUUACGAAGAGGAGAUGAUGGCGGCGUGUCUUACAUUGGUCGAAUUGAGCCAGCCUUAUAAAGAGAAAUAUUUGAAUCUUUCAUCGGGACACGAUCAGGAUUUGGUCUUAUCGACGGAACAAGAAUUGGAUGCAUGUUUUACAUUGAUCGGAUUUAAAAAAGAGCCUUGCUUCUUUGCUUCGGAUGAAAGUGCAGACCUGUAUGGUAAGGCCAGAAAAUUGCGGGGGUUUCAGCGCGGAUUUUUCGAACAUACAUGUGGACAACACUCCAUGAGUAAUUCGAAAGCAAAGCAGACAGUCGUGGCUGACACUCAGUAA